UGACCCAUAAUUCUUUGCGCUUUGAACCAGUUCAUCUGGUGGGUUGUUGUUUUUACCCUCCGAGUUGAAUCGCUUUGGGUUCCCCCCCCAAAAACGAGUAGCUUUUGUUCUUUUUUUUUUUUUUUACUGCAGACCCCACAGAGUUGUCGAUAGCAAAUACAGGAAGUCUUUGUCAGGUGAGAAGGGCCCGGAGUCACAUGUUUGCAUCAGCUGAUCUGGAAUAAAAACACAGUAAGUCUGUUUGACAAGACAGAUCCCAUCGCUGGCACAAAAUGGCUCAUCUCACAGAACUUUUCAAGUAUGUGGACGACCACCAGGACCUGUAUGUGCAGCGCCUCGCUGAGUGGGUGGGUGUCCAGAGUGUGUCUGCUUGGCCUGAGAAGCGUGGGGAGAUCAAAAAAAUGAUGGAGAUGGCAGCCAAGGACAUCGAGAGGCUGGGAGGGACUGUGGAGUUGGUGGACGUUGGCAAGCAGAAGCUUCCCUCAGGAGAGGAGAUCCCCCUGCCUCCUAUCAUCCUGGGGCAGUUAGGAUCAGACCCAGCCAAGAAGACGGUGUGUAUUUACGGGCACCUUGAUGUUCAGCCAGCAAACAUCGAUGAUGGCUGGGACACAGAGCCUUUCACUCUGGUGGAGAAAGACGGUAAGCUCUAUGGACGAGGAUCUACUGAUGACAAGGGUCCAGUGUUGGCCUGGUUUAACUGCAUUGAAGCGUAUCAGAAGAUUGGAAAGGACCUUCCCAUCAACAUCAAAUUCUGCUUCGAGGGGAUGGAGGAAUCUGGAUCUGAGGGUCUGGAUGAUCUUGUGUUUUCUAGAAAAGACACUUUCUUUAAAGAUGUGGACUACGUCUGCAUCUCUGACAACUACUGGCUGGGCAAGAACAAACCCUGCAUCACCUACGGUCUGAGAGGAAUCUGCUAUUUCUUCCUUGAGGUGGAGUGUGGUGGAAAGGACUUGCACUCAGGGGUGUUUGGUGGCUCUGUUCAUGAGGCCAUGACUGACCUCAUCGCACUUAUGGGCUCCCUGGUUGACAAAAGGGGUAAGAUUUUGGUUCCUGGGAUCUAUGACAGUGUGGCGCCUCUGACAGCAGAGGAGCAAAAGCUGUACGAGAAGAUCGACUUCGACUUGGAUGAGUACUGUAAAGAUGUGGGAGUUGGCCGGCUGCUGCAUGACACAAAGGAGCAAAUCCUCAUGCACCGUUGGAGAUAUCCUUCUCUUUCCCUUCAUGGUAUUGAGGGGGCUUUCUCUGAAGCAGGAGCCAAGACGGUUAUUCCUCGCAAGGUCAUCGGCAAGUUUUCCAUCCGCCUUGUGCCUGACAUGGACCCCAAAGCUGUGGAGAAGCAGGUCAUCGAUCAUCUGCAGAAGAAGUUUGCUGAACUGGGAAGCCCCAAUAAACUGAAAGUGAACAUGGGCCAUGGGGCAAAGGCCUGGGUCUCAGACUUCAACCACCCACACUACAUGGCAGGGAGAAAGGCCAUGAAGACAGUCUUCGGGGUCGAGCCUGAUCUGACGCGCGAGGGUGGCAGCAUCCCGGUCACCCUGACCUUCCAAGAGGCCACAGGCCGUAAUGUCAUGCUGCUUCCUGUAGGGUCCUCUGAUGAUGGCGCUCACUCUCAGAAUGAAAAGAUCAACAGAUCAAACUACAUUCAGGGAGUCAAGCUGCUGGGAGCAUACUUCCAUGAGGUCUCUCUGCUGGAGUGA